AUGCGAACACGAAUUAAGGAUGUUUCUGGCAUCGAUUGGUACGAUGGCGCAGUCAUGAACUGUGUAUGGGAAGGUCCACGACUAUCUGAUGUUCUUCGUGAGCUGGCCGGCUCUGAUGAAGUUAGUCAGACAGAGAGGCAACAGCAGAAACAUGUACAGUUUGCAAGCUAUGGAACGGAAACUCAAGAAGACAAGUGGUAUGGUGGGAGUGUGCCUUUUGAGAGAGUUAUGGAUCCGGACAUGGACAUUGUUCUGGCUGUCAAGAUGAACGACGAACCCUUACCACCACGCCAUGGCUUUCCAGUCCGGGCGAUAGUGCCUGGCGUUCUCGGGGCUCGAAGCGUGAAAUGGCUUGACAGAAUUACAGUAUCCGAGGAGGAAUCUCCCAAUUUCUACCAGAAACACGACUACAAAAUCUUACCACCAGACGCAGUCGACAAGAAGGCGGCGGAACCAUAUUGGAGCCAGAUACCUGCCAUGCUUGAGAUGCCCGUGAAUGCAUGCGUAGCGGUACCGACAUACAAAUCAACUGUCAAGCUACCCGAUUCCGGCAUGCUGGACGUUCAAGGUUAUGCGGUGCCGCAAGGCCACUUCGGGCCUGUAGUUCGUGUUCAGGUAUCAGGUGACGAAGGUAAAACUUGGAUCGAUGCCAAACUUGAUCACGGGCCGCCAGAGCUCGCGAACAAAUGGACAUGGGUAUUUUGGAAUUGCCAGGUCAAGAUGGAGAAGGGUGAAGGCAAGAAAAUCUUCGCGAAAGCUACAGACAAGGCUGGAAAUACACAGGAAUUGGAACGAAGCACUUGGAACUUGAGAGGUGUGGCCUACAAUGGAUACGAGGCUGUUUUUGACCUUACGGUAGUUUAG